AGGUUGUGGUGGCGCAGCCAUGGAGACAAGGCUUAGCCUUCGAAGUUCGAUUUUGUACGUGGACCGUGCUAUCUGCACACAAUUAUAUUAAAUUAACUAUUAAUGACAUAUUAAAAUCUGAAAUAGUACAUUAUUUGCACCUUUACUUAUAUUUUAAUUCAAUUCUCGAUUUACAAAAAAACAAGCUCAAUAGCUUAUGUGAACCUAUAUUUCUUGGAUUAUUCAAGAUUUCAAAAACAGCUUGUAUGUUAGUUCGUUCAUAAUUUAUAGUGACGUCGCAAAAAAUAUUCUUCUGAAAUCAAAUUGUUAAUUCUCAUUAACUAGUGAUAUAAAUUAAGUUUUGCGCUUACACAAAAGAAGUUAGUUUUGUGAUAAUUCACGUGAAUUCACUCUUAGCAACGAUUUGUAUUCGUCCGUUCUUUAUGUGAAAGAAUAAAAAUACUCAGUUUUGUUCAAACCAGUAAUUUUUAGACCAGUGUCUGACGAGUUAUUUUAGCAGAUGUAUGAUCAAAAAGAAAAUUUCAAUUCUUUAUGUCCGUCUAUCUACGAAGUACUUAAUUUAUUUAUAUUAGACUUGGAACGUGAACAACUAUUUGUCUAGUAACGCAGUAUUUGUGAGUGAUUUUAAGAAAUUAAUAAAAAAAUUAACUAGUAGAAAAGAUGAAUGAAGCAAGUAGAGUUUUACAUAUCUAUCAUUCAGAAAUACAAUGAACUAUCUUCAGAAUUAGCUUUCUAUGAUAAACAAAAUUAUAAAAAGAAUAAAUUACAAAAAAAAAAAAGAAACACAAACGGAUAGAAGAUCAAUCAUCAUAAGGAAAGAAACAACAUAUAAAAAUGAUAAAAGAAAUUUUCUGGAUUGUGAUAGUAUUGAUUUUAAUUCUCAAUGUGUCCAGAGGACGAUUAGAGUUUUAUGGAAAUAGAGAAGGGUUACGUGGUGAAAGUAGUAUUAAAAUUGGCACAAAUGAUAGAGGCAGCUUGUCAAGAAGUAUUGGAAUCGGUUCACGAAGAGGUGGUUUCAACAGGGGUGCAGGAGUAAGAAUUGGUGAAACCAGAGGGGUGAAUAUUACUAGACAAAAACCAUCAGCAUUUACUACAACAACAUCAACAUUAUCAUCGGUGAAUUACCAUUUCUCACACAAACCCUAUUUGUCAGCGGCUGGUGGCAAUCAAACAACAUAUCUAAAGGUGGGAAUGGUGGUACCUUAUAAGUCGUUUGGUGUACGUGAGUACACCAAAGCUGUAACAACAGCGAUUAAUGGACUCCAAAGAAGUACCAGAGGGCCAAGACUAGAGCUAUUUCAACAUUAUGAUAUUCAUGUACUUAUAACUAUGAAAGAGCUGACGCCAAGUCCUACCGCUAUACUCAAUUCUUUAUGUAAAGAGUUUUUGUCAGUGAAUGUCUCAGCAAUACUCUAUCUCAUGAACUACGAGCAGUAUGGACGUAGUACAGCAAGUGCUCAAUACUUCUUACAGUUAGCUGGAUAUCUUGGUAUUCCAGUUAUUGCAUGGAACGCCGACAACUCCGGUCUAGAAAGGAGAGCGUCACAAAGUAGCCUGCAGUUACAGUUAGCACCAUCAUUAGAACAUCAGACAGCAGCAAUGUUGAGUAUACUUGAACGGUACAAGUGGCAUCAAUUCAGCAUUGUAACUUCUCAAAUUGCUGGGCAUGAUGAUUUUAUUCAAGCAGUACGUGAAAGAAUAACAGAAAUGCAAGAUACAUUUAAAUUCACCUUACUGAAUUCAGUACUUGUAACAAAAUUUCAAGAUUUAAUGGAACUAGUUAAUAGUGAGUCCAGAGUGAUGCUACUUUAUGCAACGAGAGACGAAGCAACACAUAUUCUUACUGCAGCACGAGAUUUAAAAAUAACUGGUGAAAAUUACGUCUGGGUUGUUACCCAAAGUGUAAUUGAAAACUUACAGACACCAGUUGGUAAUCAUUUUCCUGUUGGGAUGUUGGGAGUUCAUUUUGAUACAAGCAGUUCAAGCUUAGUCAACGAAAUUGCAACGGCAAUAAAAGUUUAUGCCUAUGGGGUGGAGGACUUUGUGAAUGAUCCUCGUAAUGUCAACCUUAGUUUGAAUACAGCACUGAGUUGUGAAGGACUUGGAGAGUCACGAUGGAACACUGGAGACCGAUUUUUUAAAUAUCUUAAAAAUGUCUCCGUUGAAGGAGACCAAGGCAAACCACAUAUUCAAUUUACUCCAGACGGAGUGUUAAAAGCCGCUGAAUUGAAAAUCAUGAAUCUUCGUCCAGGAUUCAGCAGACAACUCGUUUGGGAAGAGAUCGGAGUUUGGAAGUCAUGGCGAAAAGAAGGUCUAGACAUAAAGGAUAUUGUUUGGCCUGGUAAUUCCCAUACACCACCACAAGGUGUGCCAGAAAAAUUUUAUUUGAAAAUAACAUUUUUAGAAGAACCACCAUAUAUUAAUUUAACACCACCAGAUCCUAUCAGUGGCAAGUGCUUGAUGGAUCGCGGGGUUCAUUGUAGGAUUGCCAAAGAAUCUGAUAUGGCAGAAAUAGAUGUACAAUCUGCUCAAAGAAAUGGAAGUUUCUAUCAAUGCUGUAGUGGAUUUUGCAUUGAUUUAUUGCAAAAAUUUUCCGAGGAAAUAGGAUUCACCUACGAAUUGGUUAGAGUUGAAGAUGGAAAAUGGGGUACCGUAGAUAAUGGAAAAUGGAAUGGAUUGAUCGCUGACCUUGUAAACCGCAAAACGGAUAUGGUAUUAACCUCCUUAAUGAUCAAUUCGGAGAGGGAAGCCGUAGUCGAUUUUACAGAACCUUAUAUGGAGACUGGAAUCGCGAUUGUUGUUGCAAAAAGGACUGGAAUUAUUUCACCAACAGCUUUUCUUGAACCUUUUGAUACUGCCUCAUGGAUGCUUGUUGGUAUUGUUGCAAUUCAUGCAGCUACGUUUAUGAUUUUUUUAUUUGAGUGGCUAUCUCCAUCUGGCUUCAAUAUGAAGAUGGAUCUAUCCGAAAAUCACCGAUUUUCUUUGUCAAGGACAUACUGGCUUGUUUGGGCAGUUCUUUUCCAGGCAGCCGUACACAUCGACUCACCUCGUGCAUUCACCGCAAGAUUCAUGACAAACAUUUGGGCAAUGUUCGCUGUCGUAUUUCUCGCUAUUUAUACUGCCAACUUGGCUGCUUUCAUGAUAACACGAGAAGAAUAUCAUGAAUUUACUGGACUAGAUGAUUCACGUUUAUCGAAACCUUGGACACAUAAGCCAAUGUUUAAAUUUGGUACAAUACCAUGGAGUCAUACAGAUAGCACACUAUCCAAAUAUUUCAAGCCGAUGCAUGCUUACAUGAGCACUUACAAUAAAUCCACUGUUGUUGACGGUAUUGAAGCAGUCAGGAGUGGAGAAAUCGAUGCAUUUUUCUAUGAUGGGACAGUGUUGGAUUAUUUGGUCGCUCAAGACGAAGAGUGUCGUUUAUUGACAGUCGGUUCAUGGUAUGCAAUGACUGGUUAUGGUCUUGCGUUUGCUAGAAAAUCAAAAUACGUAGAAAUGUUUAAUAAAAGAUUACUUGAUUAUCGAGAAAAUGGUGACCUUGAGCGUUUACGGAGAUACUGGAUGACGGGUACAUGUAAACCUGGUAAAGAAGUUCAGAAAAGUAGCGAUCCACUGGCCCUAGAACAAUUUUUGAGUGCAUUCUUACUGUUGAUGGCUGGAAUAUUGCUUGCUGCUGCUCUUCUUCUACUGGAACAUCUUUAUUUUAAGUAUAUUCGACAUCAUAUCACAAAAAGUAAUGGAGGAGGAUGUUGUGCUUUGAUAAGUUAUAGCAUGGGUCAAUCACUAACUUUUCGGGGUGCUGGUUACAAAACAGAAGAUGCUAUUAGUCAAGAAACUUGUGAUUCAGUAUGUGAUACACAUCUAUGGAAAGUCAAGCAAGAACUAUAUAUGGCACAAAUUAGAAUAAGACAGCUGGAAAAAGAUUUUGAAGCCCAUGGAUUACAACCAAGCCAAUCAAGAUAUCUAAAUACUGUGGAAGUAGCGAGGCCAAGGAACAUGACACGAAGCAUAAUUGCAACAACAGAGUUUGCAGAAGGAUUUUUACCCACUGAAAUUUAUAGAUUACGAGAAGAGGGGUCAACACGGACGGAAAUAGCUGAAAUUGAGACUGUUCUGUGAUGUUAGCAAGCCGGUAGAUGUAAAAAUAACGUGUAACUGGAUCAAUUUCAUCACUGGCCUAGCGAAAUGACCAAUAAAAUAUUUGUGUAUUUUAUUAUGAAAAGUCAACGCUUAACACUCAACACAAAAAGUAACAGCUUCCUGUAAUAAAUGAUAAAUGACUAGAUAAUGAUCCCGUAGCAGUUUAUGCACCACCUAAUUAUCAGAUAGAUUAGCUAAACUAGUCUGAGUAGAAAUAGCGUUUUAUGCCCGACUAUGAGAAUCACUAGAGUUAAGUAAUGAUAUAUCAUGUUGAAAGAAUCUGUACGUCGUUAUGGCGAAAAAACGUAAUUUUUUUCAUCGAAUCAGACAUAAAAGUAUGUGUAGGAUAUAUAUGUACUUAAAAGUACUUUUUUCAUAUAUGUAUUAUAGCUUUAUUAUAUAUCUAUAUUCUAUAUUUCAAUUAAUCAACAGUUUUUUACGAUACUUUUUAUUUUCAUAUUGUUGGAAUAUGUCAUUGCGGAAGUUUAUUUUUUGACACUCUGUUUGUAAAAGACGCCAUUACGCACCAAUUUCUUGUUAAAAAAUCGUGCGUAAAAGUAUCUCCUUACGCACAAUAUUAGCGCAAAAUAGCGUCCUUAUUACAAACUUCAUGUCAAAAAAUAUUGUAUAUAACUUGUACGUGAAGAAGGUGUCGAAUUUUCUACGACUUUGAAGGUGUCGUUUUUGACUCGCCGUCAGCUCGUUCUCAACUCCUGGGGACUCGUAUUGACAACUUUAAAAUCGUGCAAGAAUCACCUACUUCACGUACUAGUUAUAUAAUAUACUAUUUUAAGAUAUAUGCGUCAGUUUAGUGCGGUAAGCGUAAAGACCCACUCAACAAUGACAAGAUAUACAGUUAUGACCGUUAUAUUGUUAUUUCGACUAUUGAUGUUGCACUGAAAGAAUUUUUCCUAAAUGUGGUGGAAUCUCAGUAAAUUUCUGGAAAGUCAGCCAUAGUUUUAUUGAAAAUAAAAACAUACUAUUGAAUAUUAUCAUUGAACAUCCCGAGUUUCCGUGUAUGUAUUUUUAUAAUACAAUUCCCUGUAGCGGUAAAAAAUGAAACUGCUCGUUGAAUCAACUUCAAUAAAUUUUUUAUGCUUAUAUGCGAUGUCGAAACAAGGUUGAAUCGGGUUAGACAAUAAAAUACUAAUACUAAAAGAAAGAUUUAAUUCAUCAUCAAUGCCCAGGUAGAAAUUAGUCGACACUAAACCUCGUUUUGACGUGAAAGACCAAGCUCGGUUCUGUGUAGAAAUGUUACACUAUUCGACGUCGAAACGAGGCGGAAAAUAAUACAUACACGGCAAAACUUAAUUAAUUGGUAUUCUGGAGAGGAAUCAAUAGUGUUGUUUGUUUUAAACAUGGAGGUGAUGAUAAAAAACUGUAAUAAUAAUAAAUUUACAGAGUUUUUGGUUAUUUUCUUUUUUAACCCGCUUCAACCUUGAUUCAAGCUCAUUUUGACGUCAAAUAGUACCUUUAUUCGAAGUUGAAAGUUGAUGAUAUUUACGUCGAAACGAGGUUGAAUUGAGGCUGAAUCGUGUAGGAAAAUAAAAUGCAUAAAGACUUGAUAAAUUUAUCAUUAUAAUUAUAAUAAUUAUUAUUAUUUUAAAAAUUGAGGAUUGAGGAUUAAAUAAAGGUCCCCUAAAAUAUGAAAGAAAUACGCUCAAACAUAUUUUUGACCUGCCAAUAUGUUAUUCUAAUGAAUAAAGGUUUAAUAUUUCUUUAUUAUAGUGGAGGGCGCCUUCAAGCUUUUGUUCAGAAAAUAAAUUCGUAGUGGUAAAUGAGCGCCCGAAGAGGGCGACAAACGUUACCCGUAACAGCAUUAAAUUUCAAUUUUUUUUUUUUAAAUUUGUCUGUCUUCUAUAUUUUAUAUAUGUUAAAUUAAAUUAUAAACUUCCGUGGGCAAAAAAUCGCCUAAAGGGCGCGAUAAACAAGACAUGUAAUAGAGUUUGUCGGUAAUUUUUUGAUUAAGAAUUCAUCUGUUCCUUAUGUGUUUUAUGAUUGUUAAAAUUAAAAACAAAUGCCUGGCGACAAAUGAGCACCCAAAUAGCGCUACUAACGUGUCAUGUAAUACUGAAAUGUUACUCACCUGCCAAAAACGAACGCCAUUACAUGUAUUGUUAGUCACGCCUUUCAGGCGCUCAUUUGCCAACGGAAAUUUAUUUCUAAACGAAAAAAUAUAUUGAACUUUCAUUCAUGAAAAAAUGAAUUAGCUGGUCGCGCCUCCCUGGUAGAAAUGCUCCGUCGAAUCGACGUCGGGCCCGACUUAAUAUCGAGAUAACAUGUAUAAGCAUAGGGAAAAAUUUUUAGGUUAAACACGUUAUGUCGAUAUUAAGUCGGGCCCGACGUCGAAUUUCUACCAGGGCCUUCGGGCACUCAUUUGCCCCCUGAAAUAUAUUUUUUAUUUCAACAAAAAAGAAAAUAAAGGGUGUAAAUGAAUUCCAAAUCAAAAAAUUAAGGACAAAUGCUAUUCUAUGCCUUCUUAGUUGCGCCCUUUGGGCACUUAUUUGCCCACGAAAGUUGAUUUUCGAAUUUAUAAAGAAAUAAAAAACGUAGAAGACAAAUAAAUCCAAAAAUAAAUAAUUGAGACUCAAUGCUAUUACAGGUCACGUUUGUCGCACCCUGCAGGCGCUUAUUUGCUACCGGAAAUUUAUUUUUUUAAUGAAAGCCCGAGGGCACCCCCUACUAUAAUAUAGAAAUAUAUUAAACCUUUAUUGAAAUAAAACAUUGGCAGGUUGAGAGCGUCUUGAUAUAUUUUUGAAGUCAAACUUCUUCACGAGGGGUAGUAAAAAAAAACAGUGUGUUGGCCAUAUAAUGCUCGGAGCAAGCCAACGCUCAGCGCAAGCGAAUGCUCAGACCGAGCAAGCGUUUGCCCAUACAACUAAUAAGAAUGAGAAAGUAAGUGGCUACGAGUAAGAAAGGAGAUAUGCUUUGAAUAUGUGUGAAUGUGUGUGUGUGUGUGUGUGUGUGUGCGUUGCCAAUAGUGUGGUGAUUAUUAUUAUUGUUAUUAUUAUUAACAAGUUACAAGUUAUAAUUUUUUAAGUGAAAAAAAAAGAAUUUUCCCAUGUUCAUUAGACAGGAAAAGAAAAAAUUCGUAAGGAACCACUGGAGUCAAGAUAAGAGGCUUAAAAUUUUGAAGUGUAACUUCUUUUCGCAGGGUAGUGAAAAAAAACAGCGUGUCGGCCAUGUAACGCUCGGAGCGAGCCAACGCUCGGAACAAGCCAAUGUUUGAAACGUCAAACGAGCGAACGCGUAGACCGAGCAAGUGAUUGCCCAUAUAACUAAUGAGAGUGAAUGAGUGAGUGACUACAAGCGAGAAAAGAGAUAUGCUGAGAAUAAAAGUGUGUGUGUGCGUUGCCAAUAGUGUAGCUGAGCGGUUUGCAGCGUUUACAAAAAAUAAUGAAUGAAAAAAAUAAAAAUGAAUAUACUCAAUUUAAAAUUAUUAUUGGUAUAUU